AUGAAUCCGAGCAAAACCGAAAAAACGUAUCUUCACACGACGACUAUUUCAUAACGACUAUUUUUUUUUGGCCUAUUUUUUUUUGGCCUAUUUUUUUUUGGCCUAUUUUUUUUUGCCUAUUUUUUUUUGGCCUAUUUUUUUUUGGCCUAUUUUUUUUUGGCCUAUUUUUUUUUGGCCUAUUUGUUUUUGGCCUAUUUUUUUUGCUAUGUUUUUUGCCUUUUUUUUUGACAAUUUUUUAACUAUUUUUUACUAAUAUUUGGGCACAAUUCCAUACUAAUUGUUUUAAUCUAAUUUGUAAUGUGUUUUAAACGAUUUAACUAACAAAAAAUGCACCCUUAACAGAUUUCUUACUCAAUGAAUACUAAUUCAUUGCUUUUAAAAUUUCGAGAAUUUUAGGUUUAAUUAGGAGUUUUUAACUUAAUUUACUCAAUAUUAAUCGCGUAAGGAAAAGUCUCUGUUUCUCAAUAAGGUUUUAGUACUCUCAGCAGCUUCAUGAAUGAGGCUAGACAAAAAAAAAUAGGCCAAAAAAAAAUAGGCCAAAAAAAAAUAGGCCAAAAAAAAAAAUAGGCCAAAAAAAAAAUAGGCCAAAAAAAAAUAGGCCAAAAAAAAAUAGGCCAAAAAAAAAAUAGGCCAAAAAAAAAAUAGGCCAAAAAAAAAAUAGGCCAAAACAAAAUAGGCCAAAAAAAAAUAGGCCAAAAAAAAAUAGGUGAAAAAAAAAAAAGGCCAAAACAAAAUAGGCCAAAAAAAAAUAGGCCAAAAAAAAAAUAGUCGUUAUGAAAUAGUCGUCGUGUGAAGGAACCCCGAAAAAAUCUUACUCCCCCCAUCCUCGAUCAAACGGCACGAUAUCGUUCGAUCAAGGAUGGAGUUAAAAAAAAAUUUUGGGGAAAAAAAUUUUUAUAUAUAAAAUAAAAUAUAUAUAUUUUUAUAUACUUUUAAAUAAGAAGAUCAUGAGUAUUUAAUAAUUAUUUUUACGGCAAAAAAUUAAAUUAAUUUCAUAAGAAUACCAAUUUUUAAUAUUUUGAUUUUUUAGUUACCCCUUUAAACUGUAUAAUUUUAAUUUGUUCCUUAUUGAAUUUAAAAUUUAAAUUUUAAAGAUAUUUUUAAGUAUAUAAAAAAUUUGCAUGAUAUGAAAAUAGUUCGAUCAAAGAUGGGGCUAAUUUUCCCAAUUUUUAUAAAUUUUACAGUGAAUCGUUCGAUCUUAGUAAAUUUUUCUGGAAAAUCUAUUUAUAUUAAUAAGCGCUAUAGCAAUCUCAAGGAUGCUUAUUAUACAGGGAUUUCAGAGAGUUAUACUGCAUACGACAAUAUAUCUGACCGAGAAGUUAAAAUCCUAGCAAUUGAAAAUGCAUUAGACUGAAAUGGCAGAAUUAAAGGAACCUUAAAUGAAAUUAACUUAAUGAAACAUUUUCAACAUGAAAAUAUUCUUCAGCUAUAUGAUAUUGACUUUUAUGAGCAUAAUGACUCAUUAACCCUUUAUUUAAUAACUGAAUCAAUGGAUACAAGUUUAGAUGCUGUGAUCAGAUCAUCCCAAGAUUUAACUGAUUUGCAUAUAAAAUUCAUUAUUUACCAAAUUCUACGUGCACUUGUAUAUAUACACUCAGCAGGAGUGAUUUUAGGAAACCUGAGCCCUAAAGUAGUUGGGAUUAAUGCAAAUUGCGACGUAAAAAUAACUGAUUUUUGGUUUGCCUUUGCUAAUAAUGAGAAUUAUUGAUAUGAAGAUCAUAUUUAUGACGUAGAUCGAUUAUUUUUAGCUCCUGAAUGUUUAAAUAUAGCUCGCUUUAUAACUACAAAAUCUGAUAUUAUAAUUGGCAUGAAUUUGGGAUGGUCUCCACACAUCAGGACAUUCCACACUUGAGUUGCUCCAUAUGUGAAAUUUAUGUUUCACGCACAGAAAAGGUGGAGACCCUCCCAAAAUCAUGCCAACGCAUAAUAUAUGAAGCGUUGGAUGCAUAAUGGCAUACUUUCUAACUCCUCCCUUCCCGAAAGCGAACAAAACCAUUGGAAAAUCCUUAUUUUAUGCCCAAAACCUCACCCUCCUUAAGCGAAAAAAAUUCUUUUAAUAUAAUAAUAUUUUACGAAAAAAAAUUUUGAUAUAUGAAUGAACAAAUUGAAUUUUAAAACGUAAAUUUUACAAAUAAAAAUAAAUAUUUGAUUUUUUGAAUUUCGAAAAACAAUUUAAUAUAAAAUUUUAAAUAUAAAUUUUAAAAAAAAAUUAGAACAAAAUGAUUUUGUUCGCUCACGGAGGGAGGAGUAAAAAGACAGAAUCCUCUUUUUAAUCCAGAAAAUAGUCUUAAACAGAUAAAUUCUAUGUUUGAAUUAUUAGGAUUUCCGGCAGAAGAUGAUUUAUUAUUUAUUAAUAAUGAGGAGGCUUUAUCAUCACUUUUCAAAACUUCUGCAAAGCCAGAUAAAACGCCUUUUAAAGUAAUUUUUCCUGAAGCAGACUCAUUGGCAAUAGAUUUUUUAGAGAAAAUGCUGGUUUUUAAUCCGUUAAAAAGGUGAGAUGCUGAAAAACUAUUGAAGCAUGAAUAUUUAAAGGAUUUUUAUGAGCCAAAAAAUGAUAAUACUACGGCAAUGGUAUUUGAAUUCGAUUAUCAUGAUCGAUGAACUAAAACAAAGGUUUUAAAAGAAAAAUUAAACAGAAUAAUUGGUCGUGAUGCUUCCUAA